AUGAACGGCUACUCAACGUAUAACGGCCCCUCAACUUUCGCAGGCGUACCGGGAGGUAUAGAUGUCCCUUUAGGACAGACAAAUCAACCCAGGUUGUUAGUCAGGAAUCUCAAUAAUCAAGAAACGACCUUUCAUCUGAGCGGGGUCGAAUUGGCUUAUGCGAAUAGUCUGAGGAGGGUGAUGAUGGCUGAUGUACCUACUAUUGCAAUCGACCAAGUGCUAUUUUUACAAAAUACAACGCCAAUCCCCGACGAGAUGUUAGCGCACAGAUUGGGUCUGGUACCGCUGAUAAGUAGAGGUGUAGCCAAGGGAUUGAGGUAUACGAGGGAUUGCGAAUGUGAUGAAGGUUGCUAUUACUGUAUGGUCACGCUAAAACUCAAGGUAGCAUUCAGAGGCGCAGAUGGAGAGAAAUUCAUGAGAGUGACGAGUGAUAUGUUGGAGGUUGUGCCAAGUGCAGGAGGGCCACCAGCACCGAACCCAUACGGCCCACCACCAGAACUAUCAGAAGAUGACCGACAGAUAAUUAACAAUCGAGAUGUAGAAUUAGGAUCACCAGUCGGGAAGGGUCAGCCGGGGGUACCCCCCAUAUUAUUGGCUAAGAUGGGUCAAGGGCAGGAGAUUGAUCUAGUUUGCAAGGCUUACAAGGGAAUCGCCAAGUACCAUGCCAAAUGGUCACCACUAUCAACGGUUGCGUUCGAAUAUGAUCCUCACAACAAAUUGAGGCAUACAACCCAUUGGUUCGAGACUGAUGAGCGCGCCGAAUGGCCUUUAUCAUCCAACGCAGUAUUCGAACCCCCUCCCGACCCAUCCGCACCAUUCGAUUACAACGCCGUCCCAUCCACUUUCUACUUCACCGCCGAAUCUGUCAAUUCGAUACCGGUCCGAUCAGUAGUGGAACAAGGGUUGGAUCUGUUGAUUGAAAAUCUAGCAAGUGUGGUUUUAGCAGUGCAGAAAGAAACGGGUGUAGACGAGGAUGAAGAGGAUAAUGAGAAUCAGGAAGGAGGAGUGAUGGAACCUGAUUUCGGUGGGGAACCGAAUGGCCAGCUGGACGGUUAUGGGGCGAAUGCUGGAGGGUAUGGUGGUGGUGGUUAUGGAGGUGGUGGACAAUGGGGCGGACAAGGGAGUGGCAUGAGUCCUCUUCGACGAUAG